AUGGAUAAAUAUGGUGCUUUGGAGGAAGGGGCAGCUGCAUCCAUCUCUUUCUUACUACGUGAAACCAGCUGUGUCUUCUACUCCAGCUUACAGCAGGGGGAGGGUGGGAGGAAGCAGGCUACACAACUGUGUUAAUUAAAUUUCUGAGGGUGAGAAACCCCUUUGACUUUGUACAUCUGUCUUCCUCCACAGGUACGGGUGAGGUCUGCCCCCUCGCGGCAGCCGUCUCGGCCCCACCUCCCGCCGCCGUCACGGUGCUGCCCAUGGAGGGAGCUUCGGUUGUGAGCCAAGCCCUCCCCACCCAGCCCUGGUGA